CACCCUUUGAGUCAAGGUGGGCUAUUCAAGCUGCUGCUGUGCCCACUCUUACAGCUGUUGCAGUUCCCUGCUCCUUUGCUAGCUAGCUUCUGAGUUUUAACACCCGUCUGAUACGAGUCUUGGCUGCAGUGUUGAGAAUUACUGCACACUGGGAUGACACUGUUGCUUUAGGAUGGCUUGCAGGAGGAAUUAAUGGUGUUUAUGCUACAUGCUGCCUGGACUUAGCAACCCUGUUGGUUGUACAGUAUUAGCUGCAGGCCUGAAACACACAGCCUGAAGCUUGGAGGUGUUCCUGUCCUGUUGCGCCUGGGACCACAGACAAUCUUUCAGAGAAGUUUCACCAAGAGGCUGGAGAUCACUGCCUGCUUCACCUCGUCAAGCUAAGUGUUUGCUUUUUGUGUCUUGCUAACAUGCUGGUCCUGAGUUGCUGUUGGUCUUCCUGUUUGAGAGAGCUGUGAGCAUGAAGCCUGCUGUUUGAUAUGCUCUGCUGCUGCUGUAACAUUUGCAUGAAUGUUGGUUGUUGCAUGAAUUUCUGCAGGUGGAUUAACUUGGUUAUUAUUUGUGGUUUGGCAUGUUUGGCAUUGAGAUGCUUUGCUACAUGUGUGGAAAUAUGAAUGUAGCAUCUGAGGCCUUGAGUUGAGGCCUGCACUGUUUCUGCAAACAAGUAGUUGUUUGAUUAUGCUGAUAACAAUGUUAAUUGUAAGCUGACUUUAGAGGUGAUUAGCAUGAGUGUUUUCAUGGCAUCUCUCACUUCAUAUUCAGAUUAUGUGGUGAUACCCUGUCCUGCCUGCCAACGAGCUGGACCGUCUUCAGCUGACCACAGUCUACAUCAGUACGAAGACUUGCCCCACUACGGGAUGGACGGGGUGGGCAUCCCGACCACCAUGUACGGAGACCCGCACGGCGCCCGGUCCAUGCAGGCGGUGCACCUUAACCAUGGGCCCCAGCUGCACUCCCACCAGUACCCGCACACCGCCCACACCAACACCAUGCCUCCCAGCAUGGGCUCCUCUGUUAACGACGCUCUCAAGAGAGAUAAAGACGCUAUAUACGGGCACCCCCUGUUCCCCUUGCUUGCACUGAUUUUUGAGAAAUGUGAAUUAGCGACUUGCACCCCCAGAGAGCCCGGGGUGGCAGGAGGAGACGUCUGUUCAUCGGAAUCUUUCAAUGAAGACAUAGCAGUGUUUGCAAAACAGAUUCGGGCAGAAAAGCCUUUAUUUUCAUCGAAUCCAGAGCUGGAUAAUCUGAUGAUUCAAGCCAUUCAAGUUUUACGAUUUCAUCUUCUGGAGCUGGAGAAGGUACACGAGCUGUGUGAUAAUUUCUGUCACCGGUACAUCAGCUGCUUGAAAGGCAAGAUGCCCAUCGACUUGGUCAUAGACGACAGAGAAGGCGGGUCCAAAUCAGACAGCGAGGAAAUCACAAGAUCAUCAGUGGCCCUUGAUCAGACGUCCUGGAACAGAGACCAUGAUGACACAGCGUCCACACGCUCUGGAGGAACGCCGGGGCCGUCCAGCGGCGGACACACAUCACACAGCGGGGACAACAGCAGCGAACAGGGUGAUGGCCUGGACAACAGCGUGGCUUCACCGAGCACAGGGGAUGAUGAUGACCCGGAUAAAGAAAAGAAACGCAACAAGAAGAGAGGGAUCUUCCCGAAGGUGGCCACCAACAUCAUGAGAGCAUGGCUCUUCCAGCACCUAACACAUCCCUACCCGUCAGAAGAACAGAAGAAACAGCUGGCACAAGACACAGGCCUCACCAUCCUACAAGUGAACAACUGGUUCAUUAAUGCCAGGAGGAGAAUAGUCCAGCCUAUGAUCGACCAGUCAAACCGUGCAGUAAGUCAAGGAGCUCCCUACAAUCCAGAUGGCCAGCCGAUGGGGGGCUUCGUCAUGGACGGCCAGCAGCACAUGGGAAUCAGACCACCUGGACCAAUGGGUGGAAUGGGCAUGAACAUGGGCAUGGAAGGUCAGUGGCACUACAUGUAGCCCCGCCUCAGUCUGACCAAUCGCAACACAAAGGGGGAUAACCGCAGGGCAAACCAGGAGAUCAUCUGUCUCACAGAGGGCUACAGAGCAUAGGAACGGGACUCCUUGACUUAGUGACGACAACAAGAACAGCAAACCCCCCUGUCCACCACCAAGACCCAACACCAUUCUAUUUGGCUCAUAUCUGCAACAUGGAGACCUUCCAUGGCUGUCCACAAUACUCGUCUAUGUAUCCAACAACGUGACGCACAGAUGAUCAAACCUCAACCAACCCAGAUGAACCCCUCAGUCCCGACAGACCCGCGCUCCUUCUCCUCUGGUGGGCACUAGACUUCGCCCCCUUGCCACUGCCCACUAGGAUCUCAUGGAUUCCUCCAUUAAAAGUGAUUGUGAUUGCGAGUAUAGAUGACGCACUGUGUCCUUUGCCUGUACCUUUGGCGAAUGCAGCACCUGGUGAUAUAUUCUAGACUUUUGGCAAACAAAAGAGACUUCCUAUGAAGAGCACUCCACUCUUUGGGACGACAACGGAAUUGGACCAAGGAGAAGCCAAUGUCUGUACCUGACAGGACACUAACAAAGCAAAAGAGGUGCCCUUUAAAAAAAUAUAUAGUGGAUUGAAACAUGGAAGGAGGGAAACUAAGAGAAAAGAAAUUAAAAGUAUAACUAUAUCAACCCCUAGUUUGGGAAGCAAGUGGAGAAAGAAAAUAUACUGUAUACUGUUGUAAAAUUACGCUGGACUCUCACAAGAACUGGGAAUUUAAGUAUUGUAAAUGCUAUUGUAUUGUUCUGCAUAUUAUGUUGUUUCUAAUAGAUUUUUUAAAAAAAGGAUGUGAACUUUUUUCUCUUUUUUUCUGAUUUCUUUUCACACUAUGUGUGUGCCGUCUCUUCAUCAAAUUUGACCUCCUUCCCUUUCCCACCAUUGAAUCACAGUGCAUUUUUAAAAGCAAAAAAAAAUGAAUAAAUGGACAAUUCGAUCAGUCUGCCAUUUCUUCUCACAGGCCUUUAUUUGGAUGGUAAGAGUGUGAUGGUGAUUCACGUCUUUUUUGUUUUGUUUUGUUUUAUAUACAUACAGUACACAAAGCACAUACACAGCUGUGUCCACACCUUGUAACUCCAAUUUGGGUGAUUUUUUUUUUUUUCACAUUUUCAUAUCAGUUGUUUAUAUAUUCCUCUGCUGGUGCAAAGGUUUUGUUGGUCUAAAAGAUUCUUGGACCAUCUGGGGUUAUGAAACUCUCUUCUCACUCAUUGGAUUAACUCCAAACACAGUGAAGCUAAACACAGUUUCUGAGAAGCUAACAUUCUGGAGGUUUUUAAUCCAGUUGCCAUUGUCCAAUUUUUCCUUUUAUCCACUUUAUACUCUGAUCACAUGAGGGCAGACACAUAAUGCAGGUGUCAACAAGGCUAAACCUCAUUACAGGCUAACAAACAUGAUGCAGACCUUGAGUUAAUGCUCACAAACAAUCCAAAAAAACACUAUAGAUGGGAAACUGCAAGUUGUUAUUGUUUCCUGUUUCCCCCCCAUGUAUGUCUGUGACUGAGGGCCUCUGAAAGUCUAUUCCAAUGUCCUAUUGAUGUGUUUUAUGUCACAAGGCCGAGCGCUCGCACGGCCAAUGGAUUCGCCUCCCCUCAGUGUUUUGAUGCGGCCUGAUAACAGGGAGAGGCAGCGGCUAUGGGAAAACACCAUUUCUACCACAAUCCAUUCAUUUUGAUUUGACUAGAUGAUGUAACGCUGAUCAACAGACAGGAGAGAAUGUAAAAGUCACUGUGUGUGUGUGGCAGUGUGUAUGUGAGGGGGAACGUGUGUGUGCGUGCGCAUAUACGUGCUUGUGUGGGUUAUCAAUGCAUCCAUUAUCCAUUGCUUCAAACAUGUAUACGCACAUCUUUUCCUUCCUUUGAAGACGAGUCAUGUUUCUUAUGCUUUUACUUUGAAGGGUAUAUAUGUACAUCUGUGUUGUAAAUAAAUACUUUUUGUUCAAAUAACA